AUGGCCAUCAUUCUGUGUCAGAUAUUGAAGUAUCAGAUCCUGAUGAUGUCAAACAGCACAGCAAACCUCUCCUCUGACUGUGCCUCUUCCAGCCCUGUGACCGUACAUGUGGUUGUCUCAUAUCUUUCCUUCUUCAUGUUUCCUAUUGCACUAAUACUCAAUGUAGUAGCAAGCUGGGUGUCUUUGCACCUACCGUCCACGUCUACCUUCAUAGUGUAUCUGAAAAACCUGGUGGCUGCUGACCUUCUCAUGACACUGAUGCUCCCACUAAAGGCAGCCAGCAUGCUUCCGAGUGCAACAACUGAGUUAAGGGUUUUCCACUGCCGUUACAUUGGUGUCGUUUUCUACAACUGUUUGUACACAAGCAUUGCACUAAUGGGUCUCAUCAGUUUGGACCGUUUCUUCAAAAUUGUUAAACCAUGUGGAAAGAUUUUGGGACAAAAUAAGAAGUUCAGUGUAAUUAUGUCCAGCUUGGUUUGGGUUGUGUUGUUCGGUAGUACCGUCAUCCCAACUAUUGUUCUAACCGACCAGUAUCCCACUACUAUAACAGAUGAUUUAUGUAUGUCCUUGAAAACUCCAGCUGGCAGGACCUUUCACAAGUAUGUGGUUUUGUUUAUGGAUUUUCUUUUCUGGUUUGUCUGCAUACUGAUUGUGUUUUGCUACAUCUGCAUUACCCUGAAAGUCCUGCAGUCCUUCAGAAACUCCGGGAGCAACAAUAAACAGGGAAAGAAGAAGACCAAGCUACGAGUCUUCCUGAUCCUGCUUGUUUUUUGCGUAUGCUUCGUGCCACUGCACAUGAUCCGCAUUCCUAUCACGCUAAAUGAAGUCUCUGACACUGAUGUCUGCACUCCAACAUGGUUAGUGAUAAUCUGCGAAUUAGCCACCUGGGUCUCUUCCACCAAUGCCUGCUUAGACCCUCUUCUUUACAUCUUUCUGUGCAGAGAGUACAGAGACAAACUGGUGGACAUGAAGAAAGGCAUCUGUGUCAAGUUUCAUUCUGGUGACACAAAUUAG